CAGAGUUCUAGAUGGGCACACAUGAGUCGGGACCUUCCUUUGCGGGCUCGGAUUCGGAGGAAAUUCCACUUAAGAAGUGGAUUCGGGAGAACCCUGGUGCUCUGGGAGAAAAGGUCUUGGCGAACUAGGGAACGGACUGCCUUUCUUGUUCAAGAUAUUGUCAAGUGCACCCAAAUAAGGAGCUAGCAAGGAUGCUUCAUAUGAUGCGACCAAAUGUUUACAAGGACCCAAACCAUAAGCCAGAGAUGGUGAUCACUUUGACAGAGUUCAAAGCGCUAUGUGGUUUUGUCAGCAUGGAGGAACUCAAGGAUGUCCUUAUCGAUGUGCCUAGAAUUGCAGAGCUGAUAGCGUUGUAUGAAUGUGAAAAUGACACGGAUGAUUCUGAAAAGAAAAAGUGUGAUAUAACCCACAUAGAGAUUGAGCCUUUGACACUUUUAGGUGUUUGUGCUGGUUUAAUUCCUUAUCCUCACCACAACCAAUCUCCACGUAAUACAUACCAGUGUGCAAUGGGGAAACAAGCUAUGGGAAAUAUUGCUUACAAUCAGGCAAGUAAAUUAUAG